AUUUGAUGCUGCGCAGACCAAGCAUUAUAUAAAGAGUCCAGCUGCGGGCCGUGGUAAAUUUAUAACGAAGUCCUGCCCAUACAUACAACAGCACCACACAUCAUCGCCAUGGAUCAGGUUCAACGCAUCGGCUCGAAAGGCAUCUACUACGGCCUCCCUGUCUUUCCAGACAAUGUGGAGGGUCUUACGGCCAUCGUGACUGGAGCAAAUGGAAUCUCGGGCGAUCAUAUGCUCCGUGUCCUUUGCGAGUCCCCCAAGCGAUGGACCAAGAUCUACGCCGUCUCCCGGCGACCACCAAACGGGGUGUGGCCUAGUCAAGUCGAACACGUCUCAAUGGAUCUUCUCCGACCACCCGAAGAAUUAGCAGUUCAGAUGACGGAACGCGGGAUGAAGGCUGACUACGCCUUCUUCUUCGCUUAUAUCCAACCGAAGCCAAAGGAAGGGGGGAAUAUCUGGAGCGCUGCUGAUGAGCUUGUGAAGAUCAAUACCCAACUUCUGAGCAACUUUUUGGAGUCGCUGGCCCUCUCCAAGAGUCUGCCAAAGAGGGUCCUUCUCCAGCUAGGCGCCAAGUACUACGGUAUCCAUCUAGGGCCAGCUGCCGUCCCCCAAGAGGAGACGGACCCGCGUGUGAACCUGGAACCGAACUUCUACUACGCACAGGAAGACUGCCUCCGUAACUUCGCCGAGAAGCACGGCAUCGGGUGGAACACCACCCGUCCAUCCUGGGUCCCCGGAGCUGUCCCUGACGCAGCAAUGAACGUGUGCUUGCCGUUAGCAAUUUACGCUGCUGUCCAGAAACAUGUCGGAAAACCCUUGGAAUAUCCUGCAGAUCUGGCUGCCUGGGAAACAAAUCAGACCAUGUCGUCUGCUCUGCUAAACUGCUACCUCUCCGAGUGGGCCGUGCUAACGGACAAGGCCGAGAAUCAGAGUUUCAACGCAUCUGACGACUGUGCCUUCACGUGGGGCAAGUUCUGGCCGAAGCUGGCGGCACGAUUCAACAUUCCAUGGACUGGCCCUGCCGACGACCUUUCGCUGUACACCGAGCUUGAGACUCCUUAUAAUCCGCCACCCCGCGGGUUUGGUCCGCCGGGGAAGAUGCGGUUCCGGUUCACUCUUGUCGAGUGGGCGAAGCGGCCCGAAGUGCAAAAGGCCUGGGAAGAGAUCGCGAAGAAGCAUCAGCUGCGUGAUAGGACUCUUGGAGAUGUGGAUAGGAUUUUCGGAUUCACUGAUUUGGCCCUCGCUUCUCCGUCUCAGAUCAACUUCAGUACCAUCAAGGCCAAGAAACUGGGGUUCUUCGGCGGUGUCGAUAGUACGGAAUCCAUUUUCCAGGUUUUCCGGGAAUUUGGCGAUUUGAAGAUGAUCCCUCCCCUUCCUUGAAGAGUGAUCAGCUAGCCAGGGGCCUUUCUCAGGAAGCGUCAGUUCGAGAAUUUGCAAAAGUCUAUAAUAGUUAUCCCCCCCCCCCCCCCCUCCUCCAAUAACCUUCAUUUCAGUAGCACAGAAAAUUGCAAAUUGGCCACUACAAGUAAUAAUUAUCGGUUAUAAGAAGCUGAGAGUUUCCUCCGAAUAGCAGCAGAGCAGCCCAAGAAUUAAGAAGACGAGCUUCGCGCUCUCUCAAAGCGUUGGUAUCUCUCCUCCCUCCACUUGGGACCCCAUUUCCGCACAAUGAAUACGCACGAGCUUCCUGCCAA